AUGUUCGACCUGGUGGCUGGCACGUCGACCGGCGGCAUCCUCGCGGCGGCUCUUGCUGCGAAGAAGGUGGGCGUGGAUGGUGCGGAAGAGAUGUACCGCAACCUGGGCAAGAAGGUAUUCGGCUACAGCUUCGGCAACUACACCCGGGGCGCCAUCCGCACCCUCCAACAGGAGGGCUUCUACAACGGCCAACAGCUCAGAGAGAUCGUCGAGCAAGUUGUGGGCGAGCACGUCGAGCUCGACAGCUUGCACGACCUCCGCGUCAAGGUCUUCGUCGUGUCGGCACAGAAGCGGGACGGAAGGCUAGGGCCGUUCAUCUUCCGGACGUACGGAUCGCGCGAUGAGGAGGAGGGCCAGCACCACCGCUACUACCGGGGCUCGACCGAUGGUCGAGGCAUCACCUUCGCUCAAGCCCUGCUGGCAACCAGCGCUGCGCCUGGCUAUCUCCCCAGUGUCCAGAUCGGCGAGCACGAGUUCAUCGACGGUGGCGUGGUGGCCAACAACCCUACAGAGAUCGCCAUCUUUGAGGCGAUGCGGCUGUGGCCCGGCCGUCGCAUCUCCGUUGUCUCCCUCGGCACGGGCGCGCCUGUGGUGGAGUCGUGGCAGGCCGCGAAGGCGUCGAAGAAGGCGCCGGCGGCAGCCUCGUUGUCAUCGUCGACGCUGCCACCCAUGCACAAGAGUGUGGAGCCCUUGUACGUGCGCCUCAAUCCGCCAUGUCCGGCCUUCGACCUGGCAGCGUGCAAGGACGAGGAGCUCGACCAGAUGGUGGCUCAAGCCAAGGCCUACCUCGCACACGGCGACCUCCUGAAGGAGGUCGUCGACCUCCUCUCGGCAUGA